GAGGUGGAGGGGCGGGGCGCCGGUGCGUCCUGGAGCGCAGGCCGCCGCAGCCCCGGAGUAGCCGGCAGCUGCUGACGCGCCGCGGGGUCCGCGUCCAGCCUUGCUCGUCCCCUUGGUGCCUUUCCUUAGCCGCGGGUGUCCACGCCGGGCCCCGCACGGCUGGCCGAGUUGCCAGCCAGACGCCUGACCCAGACGGACCCUGCGCCAAGGAGCCGCGCGGCCCGGCGCACACGGAAGUGAUCAGCUCUGAAUGGGCUUUGGAAAGUAAAGAAGAAAAUCCAGUCUGCUUUUCAGGGACACUGGACAACCGAAUAAAUGCAGUAUCUAAAUAUAAAAGAGGACUGCAAUGCCAUGGCUUUCUGUGCUAAAAUGAGGAGCUUCAAGAAGACUGAGGUGAAGCAGGUGGUUCCUGAGCCAGGAGUGGAGGUGACUUUCUAUCUGUUGGACAGGGAGCCACUCCGCCUGGGCUGCGGAGAGUAUACCGCCGAGGAGCUGUGCAUCAGGGCUGCCCAGGAGUGCAGUAUCUCUCCUCUCUGUCACAACCUCUUCGCCCUGUACGAUGAGAGCACCAAGCUCUGGUACGCUCCGAACCGAAUCAUCACUGUGGAUGACAAAAUGUCUCUCCGGCUCCACUACCGCAUGAGGUUCUACUUUACCAACUGGCAUGGAACCAAUGACAAUGAACAGUCUGUAUGGCGACAUUCUCCAAAGAAGCAGAAAAACGGCUAUGAGAAGAAAAGGGUUCCAGAAGCAACCCCACUCCUUGAUGCCAGUUCACUGGAGUAUCUGUUUGCUCAGGGACAGUAUGAUUUGAUCAAAUGCCUGGCUCCCAUCCGGGACGCCAAGACGGAGCAGGAUGGACAUGAUAUUGAGAAUGAGUGCCUGGGGAUGGCUGUCUUGGCCAUCUCACACUAUGCCAUGAUGAAGAAGAUGCAGCUGCCAGAACUUCCCAAGGACAUCAGCUACAAGAGAUAUAUUCCAGAAACAUUGAAUAAAUCCAUCAGACAGAGGAACCUUCUUACCAGGAUGCGAAUAAAUAAUGUUUUCAAGGAUUUCUUGAAGGAAUUUAACAACAAGACCAUCUGUGACAGCAGUGUGUCUACACAUGACCUGAAGGUGAAAUACCUGGCAACAUUGGAAACUUUGACAAAACAUUAUGGAGCUGAAAUUUUUGAGACUUCUAUGCUACUGAUUUCAUCAGAAAAUGAAUUGAGUCGGUGCCAUUCAAAUGACAGUGGCAAUGUUCUCUAUGAAGUCAUGGUGACUGGAAAUCUCGGGAUCCAGUGGCGGCAGAAACCAAAUGUUGUUCCUGUUGAAAAGGAAAAAAAUAAACUGAAGCGGAAGAAACUGGAAUAUAAUAAACACAAGAAGGAUGAGGAGAGAAACAAACUCCGGGAAGAGUGGAACAACUUUUCCUAUUUCCCCGAAAUCACCCACAUUGUAAUAAAGGAGUCUGUGGUCAGCAUUAACAAACAGGACAACAAAAAUAUGGAACUAAAGCUCGCUUCUCAUGAGGAAGCCCUGUCCUUUGUGUCCCUGGUGGAUGGCUACUUCCGGCUCACUGCAGAUGCCCACCAUUACCUCUGUACUGAUGUGGCUCCCCCACUGAUUGUCCACAAUAUACAGAAUGGCUGUCAUGGUCCGAUCUGCACAGAAUAUGCCAUCAAUAAGCUGCGGCAAGAAGGGAGUGAGGAGGGAAUGUAUGUGCUGAGGUGGAGCUGCACUGACUUUGACAACAUUCUUAUGACUGUCACCUGCUUCGAAAAGUCUGAGGUAUUGGGUGGCCAGAAGCAGUUCAAGAACUUUCAGAUUGAGGUGCAGAAGGGCCGCUACAGCUUGCAUGGCUCUGUUGACCACUUUCCCAGCCUGAGAGACCUCAUGAACCACCUCAAGAAGCAGAUCCUGCGCACGGACAAUAUAAGCUUUGUGCUGAAACGUUGCUGUCAGCCUAAGCCUCGAGAAAUCUCCAAUCUGCUAGUAGCCACUAAGAAAGCCCAGGAAUGGCAGCCUGUCUACUCCAUGAGCCAGCUGAGUUUUGAUCGGAUCCUUAAGAAAGAUAUUAUACAAGGCGAGCACCUUGGCAGAGGCACAAGAACACAUAUCUAUUCUGGGACCCUCCUGGACUACAAGGAUGAUGAAGGAAUUGCUGAAGAGAAGAAGAUAAAAGUGAUCCUCAAAGUCCUAGACCCCAGCCACCGGGACAUUUCUCUGGCCUUCUUUGAGGCAGCCAGCAUGAUGAGACAGGUUUCCCACAAGCACAUUGUGUACCUCUAUGGCGUCUGUGUUCGAGAUGUGGAAAAUAUCAUGGUGGAAGAGUUUGUGGAGGGGGGACCAUUGGAUCUCUUCAUGCACCGGAAAAGUGAUGCACUCACCACCCCCUGGAAGUUCAAAGUUGCCAAACAGCUGGCCAGUGCCCUGAGUUACCUGGAAGAUAAAGACCUGGUUCACGGAAAUGUGUGCACUAAAAACCUCCUCCUGGCCCGUGAGGGCAUUGACAGUGACAUCGGCCCAUUCAUCAAGCUUAGUGACCCUGGCAUCCCAGUCUCUGUGCUGACCAGGCAAGAGUGCAUAGAGCGAAUCCCCUGGAUUGCUCCUGAGUGUGUUGAAGACUCCAAAAACCUGAGUGUGGCUGCUGACAAGUGGAGCUUUGGAACCACACUCUGGGAAAUCUGCUACAAUGGCGAGAUCCCCCUCAAAGACAAGACCCUCAUUGAGAAGGAAAGGUUUUAUGAAAGCCGCUGCAGGCCUGUGACUCCAUCUUGCAAGGAGCUGGCGGACCUCAUGACUCGUUGUAUGAACUACGAUCCCAGCCAGAGACCCUUCUUCCGAGCCAUCAUGAGGGACAUUAACAAGCUGGAGGAGCAGAAUCCAGACAUUGUUUCAGAAAAGCAGCCAACAACAGAGGUGGAUCCCACUCAUUUUGAAAAGCGUUUCCUGAAGAGGAUUCGUGACUUGGGAGAGGGUCACUUUGGGAAGGUUGAGCUCUGCAGAUAUGAUCCUGAGGGAGACAACACGGGGGAACAGGUAGCUGUCAAAUCCCUGAAGCCUGAGAGCGGAGGUAACCACAUAGCUGAUCUGAAGAAGGAGAUAGAGAUCUUAAGGAACCUCUACCAUGAGAACAUUGUGAAGUACAAAGGAAUCUGCAUGGAAGACGGAGGGAAUGGUAUCAAGCUCAUCAUGGAGUUCCUGCCUUCGGGAAGCCUAAAGGAGUAUCUGCCAAAGAACAAGAACAAAAUUAACCUCAAACAGCAGCUAAAAUAUGCCAUCCAGAUCUGUAAGGGAAUGGACUAUUUGGGUUCUCGGCAAUAUGUUCACCGGGACUUAGCAGCAAGAAAUGUCCUUGUUGAGAGUGAACACCAAGUGAAGAUUGGAGACUUUGGUUUAACCAAAGCCAUUGAAACUGAUAAGGAGUACUACACAGUCAAGGAUGACCGGGACAGCCCAGUGUUUUGGUACGCUCCGGAAUGCUUAAUCCAGUGUAAGUUUUAUAUCGCCUCUGAUGUCUGGUCUUUUGGAGUGACACUGCACGAGCUGCUCACUUACUGUGACUCAGAUUUUAGUCCCAUGGCCUUGUUCCUGAAAAUGAUAGGCCCAACUCAUGGCCAGAUGACAGUCACACGGCUUGUGAAUACUCUGAAAGAAGGAAAGCGCCUGCCAUGUCCACCCAACUGUCCUGAUGAGGUUUAUCAGCUUAUGAGAAAAUGCUGGGAAUUCCAACCAUCUAAUCGGACAACCUUUCAGAACCUUAUUGAAGGAUUUGAAGCACUUUUAAAAUAAGAAGCAUGAACAGCAUUUAAAUUCCCAUUUAUCAAGUCCUUCUCUCCCAAGCCAUUUAAAAACAGUUUUUAAGUGAAAAAGUUUGUAUUCUGCCUCUAAAGUCACUCAACAAAUACUCAAGUUAUAUAUAUAUGCCUGUGUCAUACUGGCACUUUAGGUGUAACGUCUUAAGCUUAGUGAUGAAUGACAACCAAAAUACUAGAAUGUGCCUAAGCACUCCUUUUGUAACAAUCGAAUGAUCAGUUGUGUAGCAAAGGAAGCCUGCACUGUGCUGCUGGCACACUGGCCUUAGACUCAAACUUGUGGACUUGGCUGAAACUCUCCCUUGCCCUGAAAUCUCUGUCUAGUCAGUGAUAGUACAAGCAAGUAGAUACCACUUAGUAUACUAUUGUUUCUAUUAAAAAAAAAAAAAGUUUAUUCCUGCUACCUAGUAGGACUGCAGUUCUAAGCUGUUUGUGCAGUGGUGCUGCCGCUGUUCUCUUGGCUAAGCACAGGUACCCAUUGUGGGACAAACUUGUGCUGCAGGAUGGAGCCUGGCAUAUAUACCGUGCAUGUUACUUCUUGAGAACUAGACCUGUGUGCCUGUGUUUUCCUGCACAGCCUGCUUUCCAUCAGACAGACUCCUCUGACCUGGAUGCUGUCACACCUGCCUUUAAGAAUGUCAAUGCAUACUCCUUCCUAACGACCCCCUGGGGGCAAGCUGCCAACGGUAUUACAAACAGGAGACAUUACCCUAUACUGCAAAACUACAAAAAGGAAGACCCAGCUUGGCUCACCAGACUGAAGUUCAGAAUUCACUAGAUAGUUCUCGGUUGACUUGGAGAGGUAGCUAGGUAAUCAACAACAUUCAGUUAAUGAUUCAAUGUGAACCACAAAGUUAUUCAUGACCAAGAGUCUGGCAAACUUAUCAAUACUGUUUAAUAUUGUUUGAUAUUUUUUCACCUUUUGAGCCCCACCCGCAAAGAAUUCAAGAUCACUUUAGUAGCAACAGUGCAGUUGCCAUUUGUUUGUUUAGCUGCUGUACAUUACCACAGUCCCUGUCUGCGUCAAACCUGUGGCCCGCUCUCUGUGCCCUUUGUUUACUCUUUAUACAAUAAACAUACUAAAGACUUCA